AGCAGAGCGGAGUGUGUGAGGCCACAGGGCAGCUGGUUCACACUUUGUUAUAUAGUGUCUCAGAGGCAGACCUGGCACCAUGGCCGCGGAGAAGCAGCACUCACGGGUCUUUCGGAGGGUAACAGGCGACUGUUUUCUCUGAUGUUUUAUUUUUAGAUAUCACGGCGCAGGAACAAAGCUAGCAGUGUCUGUAUUUAUUAUAUCAGCUGAAGGCAUUGUGUAUGCGUGCGUGGCGGCUGUUGUUAUCGGCGGCAGUGUCUGGCUAGCUCCGCCGCACAUCUCCAGCCUCGUUAGCAAGCUAGCAAGUCAACAUUGUGCGCUUACACUGCCGCUAAGCUAGCAGCCCUGCUAGCUUGGCCGGUUUGUUUAGUGGGAGCUGGUGUGUAGGUGAUGUUGUCCGUGCUGUCGUACGGUAGACUGGUUGCCAGAGCUGUCAUCGGCGGACUUUCUCAGACAGACAGCCGCGACUACAGCCUGGUGACUGCGAGCUGCGGCUUUGGCAAGGACUUUCGUAAAGGCAUCCUGAAGAAAGGGAUGUGCUAUGGGGACGACGCGUGCUUCAUCGCCCGGCACAGAUCCGCUGAUGUGUUAGGUGUAGCAGAUGGAGUGGGUGGCUGGCGAGACUAUGGAGUAGACCCAUCGCAGUUUUCAGGUACACUGAUGAAGACAUGUGAGAGGCUGGUAAAGGAAGGACGCUUUGUCCCCAGCAACCCAGUGGGAGUCCUCACGACCAGCUACUACGAGCUGCUUCAGAACAAAGUGCCACUGCUGGGCAGCAGCACGGCCUGCAUUGUGGUUUUAGACCGGCAGAGUCACCGGCUGCACACAGCCAACCUGGGAGACUCAGGCUUCCUGGUGGUCCGGGGAGGGGAGGUGGUCCACCGCUCUGACGAGCAGCAGCACUACUUCAACACACCCUUCCAGCUGUCCAUCGCUCCCCCGGGAGCCGAAGGAGCCGUCCUCAGUGACAGCCCUGACGCGGCAGAUAGCUCUUCCUUCGAUGUCCAGCUGGGCGACAUCAUCCUCACUGCCACUGACGGGCUCUUUGACAACAUGCCUGACUACAUGAUCCUACAAGAGCUGAAGAAACUCAAGAACUCAAACUAUGAGAGCAUCCAGCAGACCGCCCGGAGCAUCGCAGAGCAGGCCCACGUCUUGGCGUAUGACCCCAACUACAUGUCGCCUUUUGCACAGUUUGCCUGUGACAACGGACUGAAUGUAAGAGGAGGAAAGCCAGAUGACAUCACAGUGCUGCUGUCCAUAGUGGCAGAAUACACCGACUAGAGUUUGUGUGGAGCUGUGACAGGGGGGCAUCUGCCUCUGCAGGUGAUGGACUGCUUUGAUUCCUGCUGGCCAGGAUGAAGGACUGAGACCAGAUGCUUCCCCCGCAUGUGUUGGCUCUACUCUGCCUCAUCCAACCCCAGCUGACCAUGACCCCCAUUCCCCCAAAAAAAACUGAAUAAUGGGGACUAGAGACCUAACACAUCCUCUUGGCCAGGCUGCACUGUUGGCAUCUUUGCAGUGUUCCAGUGCUCAAUGGAUAAUCCCAUUGCCAAGGAUAAGCAGUCAUUGGGCACGUUGGAGAUGAGGAUUCUGUUUGAGGAGGAUAAGUCGUCUUUCUCUGAUAGGUGGUUUGGGCCGGGAGGAAGUCGAUAUUCAGAGGCAGAUGUAGCCAGACGGUAGGUGUCAGACCGUUAAAGCGGCCCCAUGCUGGGCUGCUGGAAGGGAAAGAUACAGUCCACCAGUCGUGUCAUGGAGGGAACUGCACAGGAAAUGGCAGCAUUAGGGCUCAAUAAGUGGGCUGCCUUGUGCAAGCAAAUGUUCCUAAUGAUACAGUGGUAGUUAAAAAAAAACCUUUGUCAAAGGGCCUGAAACCUUGUAUGUGGGUGCAGGGAGCAUAUGUGUGAUAGUAGGAUUAUGACCGGUGUGCUGUUCUGGGAUGUUUUGUUAAAUAUUUGCAAGAAAUGAGUGUAUGUGACAUUUCUACAUCUGUGGUUAGUUUCUUGGCAGGGUGAUCCAACAAGAUUUCAUGAAGAAGAGCAGCAGCUGCCUUUUCCAUACCAGUGCAAUUCAAGUCUUGCACACAUUUUGUUACUUCAUGGCUGUUAAGAUGAGGAUUUUAUAGCUCAGAAGCCUUGCCAGAUAUGUAUCGUGUCAAACUGGUGCCCUCCCUUUAAUGUCACAGCUGCUGCUGAAGUCUUGAUUGUGAUUACAUGUGAUGUGUCUAUGAAUAUGUGUGUGUGUGUGUGUGUGUGUGUGAUGACUGCACUCAUGUGCUUGUCAGUGCGUCUUUUGAUACAUGUAAUUGGUGUUAUGAAAUGGAUGUGAAGGCUACAGACUCCUCCAUUUCCACUGGGCUGAAUCGGUGUCGCAGCCUUAAACGCACAAAAGCUUAAGAAGCAUAUCUGAAAAAGCUCAACACAGUGGAAGUCGGUAAGGUGACCAAAUGUAUUUUUGUAACCUCUUUGUUCAGUGGGAUUGUUAAAUUUCUUUGGACUGAUCGCUGCAUCAGAGUAGCUUUAGAAACCAUUGCUCACAAUCAGCGUUUCCUUUUUUUCCCCUCUCCUUCUGCUCUACAGCUCCAACGGCACAUUCAUGAGUCAGGUCACUGCAGGUUUCAAAACGGUCAUUAUGUUUCCAUUACAUGGUUACAGAUUUGCACUCUGCAUUUCCCACAACUUUUACCCAAAGUAAAAAACAUUUCUUAAAAUUAUUUUGUGUAAUAUUCUAAUGAUGUGCCUUGUAUCAGGUGUCAUUGAUACUGGCAAACGUGCAUAAUUUCUUGAACCCCCCAUAACGUGCUAGGUACUGGGCACAAAGCCUCAAACUGUUCAGUAGCCAUAAGAGUCAAAACAGCUUUCCCAUCAUGCCCUGCUUUCUUAACACUAGAUCUUUUCACCUACAGUAUGUUGAACCUUUUUUGACUCCUGAAAUCUGCUUCUCUGCACUCAGUCAGGAACUUAGGAAUAGUGAUAAAGCCAUCGCAUGCUUAGAAAUCCUCCCUAAGGAUCUUCAGAUCACUGUUUACAAUCUGCACUACCUAAUGGACUGUUUCCCUACUUAAUCUGACAAGUUCCCACUGGAAGACUGCAGUGUAAGCGAUCAUUGCGAAAUGAUGCUGAUGGGCAUGGAAGAGCAGUCAAUGGUCAAAAAUGUGAGUUUUAAGUGUUAUAGCACUGAGGACAAUCUAAGCAGCCUUAACGAUAUUACAAAGCAAUUCUCCCAGUCAGAUGGUACUGCCACUGUAAGCUUUGUGGUUCCUGCUUCCUGACUCAUACCUGCCCUGACACCUGUCCCUGUUGUCUCAUCUUCCUCUUCAAAACACUUUGUUACAACCAGAGCAUGUGUCUAUAUAUAUUUUGGGUGUACAGUUCAAUGAAGAUCUAAGCUCUGUAAAAAAAAAACAUUUUCAAAUCUGUACAAUAUUUAAAUAAAGAGUAUAGUAUUUAUUA